AUGGAUAAAACUAUCAAUUCCAUUACCUACAACCCUUAUCUGCCAAAGCUUUUGCUUUUUGGUGAUUCUAUCACCCAGCGUGCAUACUCCUAUGCUGAGGGAAAGACGUUUGUCUUUGGUGCAGCUUUCUCAGAUGACUACCUGCGUCGACUGAACGUUGUGCACCGCGGUUUUUCCGGGUAUAACUCUGAGCAAGGCAGAUAUAUUCUACCAGGUAUCAUUGAGGCUGAGACUAGCGGAAACCACUCAAUUGCUCUUGCUACUGUCUUUUUCGGGUCUAACGACGCUGUUAUCCCUUCAAACUCUCAAUACGUUUCGCCCGAAAGAUUUGAAGAAAAUGUCCGUUUUAUUACUAAAGCACUGCUCGACGCUGGUUCCCGCGUCAUCCUCGUGGGUCCUGCGCCGCACGACGAGGUCCACCGUAACCAGCUUUUCCCUGGAGACCCAGCUGACAACCCACGUUCCACACUGCGCAAUCGCCAAUACGGAGAUAUUGUAGGCAAAGUUGCAGCAGAGCUCAAUGUUGGGUUUGUUGACUUGUGGCACGCCUUCCUCGAGAAUGUUGGGUGGAAAGAGGGCGACCCUAUCCCAGGCAGACUCAAGGAUACACCCCCAGAAGACCGUGACAAGCCAUCUCGCAUUGCGCAUCUGUUAUGUGAUGGACUCCACUUCACAGGCGACGGAUAUCGCAUUUGGUACAACUCAGUGGUCAAUGUUAUCAAAGAACAGUACCCCGAGCUUGAGCCUCGCAAGCUACCAUUUCUUUACCCAGAGUGGCAGGCAGCUACCGUCGAGGACUUGCAAAAGAAUGUCCAGAAAGACUAG